AUGUUCUGGUCGCAGCGCCCCUGGGAGGAUGACCUGGCCGUGGCGCAGGCUGUUUGUGAUGAGAUUAACAUCCCGCUGCACAUAGUGCAUCUCACAGACGCCUACUGGCAGCGCGUGGUGACGCACUGUGUGGGAGAAAUCCGCAGCGGCCGCACUCCCAACCCCGACAUGCUCUGCAACUCGCGCAUCAAGUUUGGUGCCUUUUACGAUCACCUCGACUUCACUCAUUUCGACCGCGUUGCAUCGGGGCAUUACGCCCGAGUUAUCCGCUCACCACCACCUGGCCGAUCUCACCCCGGCGAGAGUGUUGCUGUGCGCCUGGUCCUGUCUGCAGAUGAGGUGAGAUAUCAUCUGAGGCGCCUCAAAACACUUUACUCGUUUGACUGUGUGGCAUCGGGGCACUAUGCCCGCGUUGUCCCCUCGCUAACUGACCCGUCUCAACCGGGCCAGUCUGCUGCUGCUGUGCGCCUGGUCCUGUCAGCAGACGAGGUGAAGGAUCAGACCUACUUCCUCUCGCACCUAUCGCAGCAGCAGCUCUCUCGAGUCAUGUUUCCCCUUGGAGCCCUCACCAAGGUGCGACAGCUGGCAGCGGCGUUCAACCUGCCCAACCAGAGCCGGAAGGACUCCCAGGGGAUCUGCUUCCUGGGGAAGGUACGGCCUGGGGAAGGUACGGCCUGGGGAAGGUACGGCCUGGGGAAGGUACGGCCUGGGGAAGGUACAGCCUGGGGAAGGUACGGCCUGGGGAAGGUACGGCCUGGGAAAGUUACGGCCUGGGGAAGGUACGGCCUGGGGAAGGUACGGCCUGGGGAAGGUACGGCCUGGGGAAGGUACGGCCUGGGGAAGGUACGGCCUGGGGAAGGUACGGCCUGGGGAAGGUACGGCCUGGGGAAGGUACGGCCUGGGGAAGGUACGGCCUGGGGAAGGUACAGCCUGGGGAAGGUACGGCCUGGGGAAGGUACGGCCUGGGGAGGGUACGGCCUGGGGAGGGUACGGCCUGGGGAAGGUACGGCCUGGGGAAGGUACGGCCUGGGGAAGGUACGAGCUGGGGAAGGUACGGCCUGGGGAAGGUACGGCCUGGGGAAGGUACGGCCUGGGGAAGGUACGACCUGGGGAAGGUACGGCCUGGGGAAGGUGAAGUUCCCUGAGUUUGUGGCGCGGCAUGUGGGCGAGCAGGAGGGACUGCUGGUGAAGUUCCCUGAGUUCGUGGUGCGGCAUGUGGGCGAGCAGGAGGGGUUGCUGGUGAAGUUCCAUGAGUUCGUGGCGCGGCAUGUGGGCGAGCAGGAGGGGCUGCUGGUGGAGGCGGAGAGCGGGGAGGCCCUGGGCGCGCACAGAGGCUUCUGGUUCUUCACCAUCGGGCAGCGACAAGGCAUCAAGCUGUCUGGGGGACCGUGGUGA